GGUGGACGGGAAAGAGAAAAAACUGGGAAAUAGAAGGAAGUUGGAAAUUGGAACAGUAGCGCUGAAGCUCGUCUGGCGAUUUUGAAACUUCAGGAAGCAGUGACAAGAAAAUCCAGAAAAUUUGCUACAAUUUCAUUCUAGAGUCGGAGUUUUGGUUCUCAAUCGAGAAAGAAAGCGUUCAAUAGGAAGUUGUAUAGGUAUAGAAUGAUCGAUUUGUUUCUGUUAGAGCCGAACUUCAAUGACGAACAGGAUGUUAGCUCUGCGAAGUUGAGAAUUUCUCUCUUAAGUAAAUUAGAAUCUGUUUUAUGGAAGUUGCUGACUUCUGGAGGACGGUCUGAGGUCCGAUUAUGGCUUACGAAUAGCAUAGCUAGUGUGACAUCCAUCAGUCCCCAGCAUCAGCGGGACCUGUUUAUGACAUUACUGAGACGGAAGCCAUUUAAAUGGGCCUUCGCAUCUCAAUUGCUGCAAAUGUUGUUUGAAAAGAGAUCACGAGAGGCAGGGAUUCUCAUUGCUAAGAGAAGCUACAUAAUGGAAAAAUUCUUCGAAGGAAACUCAAGACGAAUAUCUCAGUGGUUUUCCAAUUUUGCCACGAAUGGUGCAUCAGAUCAUGGAAAAGGUGCCAAGGCCUUAGCACAGUUUGCUUUUGUAAAUCGAGACAUUUGCUGGGAGGAGCUUGAGUGGAAGGGGAAACAUGGGCAGUCACCUGCAGUGGUUGCAACAAAACCCCAUUAUUUUCUUGAUCUGGAUGUGCAUCAAACUGUGAAGAAUUUCAUUGAGAAUGUACCAGAGUUUUGGUCUUCCAAUGAGUUUGCUGAGUCACUAAAAGAUGGUGAAAUUUUGUUUCUCGACACGAAAUUCUUUGUGAAAUAUUUUGUUGAUCUGAUGCUUAAAGAUGAUCCAAAAGAUGUUUGGGAAGUCAUUAAUGAGUUCCUAAUGCAUGAGUCAUUUUCUUCACUGUCUCAACAUCUACUUGUUACUCUUGAGGAGGCUGAUUUCUGCAGCUUUCUAAAAAUGCUAUGCAAACUUCUUAGGCCGAGAAUAGAAACCAAGGAUUUUGGUAAUUUGUCUUUUACGUUUGAAGUCAUACUUUCCAAGUAUGGUGACUCUGAAUCUAUUGAUCAGAUUUUACUAUUAAAUGCUGUCGUUAAUCAAGGACGCCAAGUUCUACGCCUUUUACGUGAUGAAGAUGAGGAGGAACAAUUGGAUGAAAUCAAGGCUAUUGUCCACAAGAUUUCAGCAAUCUCAAGCAACACUCAAAGUUUAUUCCCACUAUUGAAUGAGUGUGACGGGAGAAAAAGGACAAUAGAGAUGAUAAAAUGGCUAGGGCUUCAGUCUUGGGUUCUUCACUAUAGAAUGUCAGAGGAAUGUCAGACUCCUGAGUUAUGGGAAUCCUUGUUUGUUGAUAACGGCAUAGGAUUCCAAAAAUCUAAUGAAUAUUCAUUGUUGGAUCACAGUGGCCUAUCGGAAGAUGAUGGUUUUGAACCGUGUAAUAGAGCACUAGCUAAAUCUAAGAGGCGAAAAAAGGGGGGGAAAGGUAGAAAAAGAAGAAAAAGGGACUUUGACUACGAGGAUAGCUGUGACGAUGAGCUGUUGGACUUUGAUAUUAAAAAUGAUAGGAUGGACUUGAAGUUAAACACUGGAAGUUGGUUGCUUUCCACUGAUGACUAUACUGUGCCAUGGAAUGCUAAGGAUCUACCUGAACACCUAUCAAAGCAUUGUAUGGCUUCAUGGAUGAAACGGCUGUUUGCUAAGAGGGAAUGAAGAAUGAAGCUUUGCUUGCGUGAAAUAUAUCUAGCAGUGGAAGGAGGCCGGAUUCUACCUUCUGAAACCGUGAUAGCUAUUGACAAAUUACUGUUUCCAACAGAUAUAAGCACGAUCAAAUGUGUAUUGGUAAGGCAAGGAAUGAGGUGAUAUGCCACAGGUUCAUUGUACAAUACAUGGUAUCAAGUUAUCUUAUAGCCUUCUUAAAUAUAUUUCUGCGAUAGAAUACAAUUAACCAUAUGCUAACUAAGGAAUUGCCAUUGAAUUGUAUCGUUCUUUCAUUGUAAUUUGUUGCUGAUCAAUAUACGAGGAUUAGAACUUAGAAGCUCAGGUUAGUUGCCACUUCUACUGGCUUUUUUGUUUAGUUUUUGUAUUGUUUGUAAAUAUACUUAUUCAAAUUUUGAAUCUGGUUCACAAAAAUGUUGGUUA